GUAGGGGUAUAACAGGGAUAUUUUGGAAAAGGAACAGCUAAAGGUACUUCUGAGCUUUAUACCUUGCUGAAUUCCAAAAAGUUUCUUUUUUUUUUUUGUUUCUUCUUUUUCUUUUUCUUUUUCUUGUCUAUAAGUUGCUGAGCAGAGUCGAUUGAUGCUGGUGGGUCGAUGAUUGAUGACGAGCCUUGCGCUUAAACCAGCUUUACAGCCAAACCAAAAACUGUCGCCGAAAAGCUUCAAUUUUGAGCCACACAAGAGCCGUCUGAUCCACGACCUCAAUGUGGGCCGCCUCAGCAAAGCAAUCUCCACCCUUGAUCUUAUGGUCCAUAACGGGGCCCACCCAGACCUCCCCUCCUACUCCCUCCUCCUCAAGUCCUGCAUCAGGUCCCGCAAUUUCGAGCUCGGAAAGCUCGUCCACGCACACUUGGUGAACUCAAAACUCGACCUUGAUUCCCUCACUCUCAACUCUCUGAUAAGCUUGUACUCCAAAAAUGGCGACUGGGAAAAGGCCGAUUCGAUCUUUCGAAGCAUGGGGAACAAGAGGAACCUGGUGUCUUGGACUUCGAUUGUGUCUUGCUUUGCGAACAACGACUUGGGAUUCGAAGCUAUUGUUGCGUUUCUCGACAUGCUCGAAAAUGGGUUUUGGCCAGACGAGUAUUGCUUCGCGGCGGUAUUUAGGGCGUGUUUGGAUACGGGGGAUUUAUCCAUUGGCGAAACGAUUUUCGGGUUUGUGAUCAAAAGUGGGUAUUUUAAGGCUGAUUUGUGUGUUGGGUGUUCGUUGAUAGAUAUGUUUGCCAAGGGCGGCGGUGAUUUAAAUUCUGCGUAUAAGGUGUUUGAUAAAAUGCCUGAGAAGAAUGUGGUGACUUGGACUUUGAUGAUUACGAGGUUUGCGCAAUUGGGUUUCGCCAGAGAGGCUGUUGAUUUGUUUUUGGAUAUGGUGUUGAGUGAUCUUGUACCUGAUCAAUUUACUUUUAGCAGUGUUAUGUCAGCUUGUGCGGAGUUAGAACUCUUGUCGUUCGGAAAACAAUUGCAUUCGCAGGUAAUACGGCGGGGAUUGGCAUUUAAUCAUUAUGUUGGUUGUUGUCUGGUGGACUUGUAUGCGAAAUGUGCGGCUGAUGGAUCGAUGGAUGAGUCAAGGAAGGUUUUUGAUCAUAUGACAAAUCAUAAUGUUACGUCUUGGACUGCACUUAUUACUGGAUAUGUACGGAACGGUGGUCGUUAGCAUGAAGCUAUAAAACUCUGUUGUGAAAUGGUCUCUGGUCAUGUUCGACCAAACCAUUUUACGUUUUCUAGUAUUCUUAAGGCGAGUGCAAGUCUUUCAGAUUUGAGUACAGGUAAACAAGUUCAUUCCCUUGCGGUUAAACUAGGCCUUGCAUCUGACAACUGCGUCGGAAACUCGCUCAUUAGCAUGUAUGCGCAGUCUAGGCAGAUGGAAUAUUCCCGAAAAGCUUUUGACAACUUGUUUGAUAAGAAUUUGAUUUCUUACAACACGAUUGUUGACGCAUAUGUCAAAAGUUUCGAGUCUAAAGAAGCCUUUGAUCUUUUCCAUGAAAUUGAUGAUGUGGAGUUUGGUGCAAACGCUUACACAUUUUCUAGUCUCUUGAGCGGAGCUGCUAGCAUUGGUGCAAUUGGUAAGGGAGAGCAAAUUCAUGCUCGGACACUGAAAUCAGGGUUCGACUCAAAUCAAUGCAUCUCUAAUGCUUUGGUUUCCAUGUAUUCUAGGUGUGGAAACGUAGAAGCCGCUUUUCAAGUUUUCAGUGAGAUGGUUGAUCGGAAUAUCGUAUCUUGGACUUCAAUUAUUACAGGAUUUUCGAAACACGGAUAUGCAGAGAGGGCCUUGACGAUGUUCUACGAAAUGCUGGAGUCUGGUAUUAGACCAAAUGAGGUUACUUACACUGCUGUUUUAUCAGCUUGCAGCCAUGCCGGCUUGGUUUCCGAGGGACGGAAACACUUUAACACAAUGUACUCCAAACAUGGCAUAGUCCCAAGAAUGGAACAUUAUGCAUGCAUGGUUGACCUAUUAGGUAGAUCAGGAUUACUUUCCAAGGCACUUGAGUUUAUAAACUCAAUGCCUUUCAUGGCUGAUGCAUUAAUCUGGCGCACAUUUCUCGGAGCUUGUCGAGUUCAUGGGAACACAGAGCUUGCAAGACAUGCUGCAAGCAUGAUUCUCGAGCAGGACCCACACAAUCCCGCGGCAUUCGUUCUGCUAGCAAACUUGCACGCUUCCAUGAAUCAAUGGGAAGAAGUGGCUAAAAUCAGAAAGAGGAUGAAAGAGAGAGACUUGACUAAAGAAGCGGGUUCGAGCUGGAUAGAGGUGGAGAAUAAGGUGUACAAGUUUCAUGUUGGGGAUACUUCACACCCAAAAGCUAGUGAGAUUUAUAAUGAACUGGACAGAUUGGUCUUGAAAAUUAAGGAAUUGGGUUAUGUCCCGAAUACGGAUUUCGUGCUUCAUGAUGUGGAAGAGGAGGUAAAAGAGCAGUAUUUGCUUCAACACAGUGAGAAGAUAGCAGUGGCUUUUGGGCUUAUCAACACAACAAGAUCAAAACCAAUCAGAAUAUUUAAGAAUCUCCGUAUUUGUGGGGACUGUCACACUGCAAUUAAGUACAUAUCGAUGGCCACGGGGAGAGAAAUAGUGGUGAGAGAUUCAAACAGGUUUCAUCACAUCAGGAAUGGGAAAUGUUCCUGCAUUGAUUACCGAAUCACAUUGAAGGAAAUGGCACCUCGCCGUAGGCCUGCUAAUCAACCAGCACAACAGAAUCAGGGAUUUCUGGAUGCCAUGUAUGCUGCCUUUCAAGGCAUGGCCACAAGAGCUCGAAAUGAGUGGCCGGUUAAGGAUAGGAAGCAAGGGUACUUUCAGGAAUUUAGGCAUGCGCCUAUCCCCUCGUUUAAUAGUGAGGGAGGACCACAUGAAGCAGAGUUCUAG